AUGCGGUUGCAGUCGCCGUCGGGACUGGCUGGUUCCCGGCUGCUGCUGCUGCUGCUGCUGCACGGAGCAGGGCGGGGGUGCAAGAAAAAGACCCAAGGCAAGCAAGCGAGCCAGCUAACCGGCAGCAGCAGCAAGUGCAGCCUUGCAAGUGCCCAACGCGUUGCAAGCUCGGCGGGGGGGAGCGGGUGGCUCGGGGACCCCCGCUGGGCUUUCCCCUCCCUCCCUCUCCACCCGCCCACAUUCCUUCCUGCCCCCCACCCCGCGCGCUCCCCCGGGAUGAGCAUCUCCGUCCCGGAGGGGCUGACGGAGCUGCUGCAAGGCUUCACGGUGGAGGUGCUGCGGAGCCAGCCGGGGGACCUGCUGGAAUUCGCCCUCCAGUACUUCGGGCGCCUCAAGGCGGAGGCGGGUCCGGGGGCAGCAGGGGGGCGGCAGCAGCAGCAAGAGGACGGAGGCGAGCAGCGAAGCCACUUCAAUGCGGGUCCCCCCGAGACGGGCGGCCGCCUGGUGCUGCGCAGGGCCCCCUCCGAGGGCGGCCGAGGGGUCAACUUCGCCGAGGAGCCCAUGCAAACCGACUCCGAAGCGGACGACGACGACGACGACGACGAGGCGGAAGGAUUCGCCGCUCCAGUGAUAAACCGGUUCAUUAGAAGGGCAUCAGUGUGCGCAGAAGCUUAUAAUCCUGAUGAAGAAGAGGAUGAAACUGAAUCAAGGAUUAUUCACCCCAAAACAGAUGAUCAAAGAAACAGACUGCAAGAAGCUUGCAAAGACAUACUUCUAUUUAAGAACCUAGAUCCAGAGCAGAUGUCUCAGGUAUUAGAUGCCAUGUUUGAAAAGUUGACUGAAGGAGGGGAGCAUGUCAUUGAUCAAGGUGAUGAUGGUGACAACUUCUAUGUAAUUGAUCGAGGGACUUACGAUAUCUAUGUGAAAUGUGAAGGUGUUGGGAGGUGUGUUGGCACGUAUGACAACCGUGGGAGCUUUGGUGAGCUGGCUUUAAUGUACAAUACACCCAGAGCGGCUACAAUCAUUGCUACCUCUCCUGGUGCUGUGUGGGGUUUGGACAGAGUCACAUUUCGAAGAAUUAUUGUAAAAAACAAUGCCAAAAAGAGAAGAAUGUAUGAAAAUUUUAUUGAGUCAUUGCCCUUCCUUAAGUCUUUAGAACUUUCGGAACGGUUGAAAGUGGUGGAUGUGAUUGGCACCAAAAUAUACAAAGACGGAGAACAAAUAAUUGCUCAGGGAGACAUGGCUGACUGUUUCUUUAUUGUUGAAUCUGGAGAAGUGAAAAUCACAAUGAAAAGAAAGGGUAAGCAGGAGGUAGAUGAAAAUGAAGCAGUGGAGAUUGCCCGGUACACUAGAGGACAGUAUUUUGGGGAACUUGCUCUUGUAACUAACAAACCUCGAGCUGCCUCAGCAUUCGCACUCGGUACAGUCAAGUGUUUAGUUAUGGAUGUACAGGCAUUUGAAAGGCUUUUGGGACCUUGUAUGGAAAUAAUGAAAAGAAACAUUGCGAACUAUGAAGAACAGCUAGUUGCUCUCUUUGGAACAAACAUGGACAUUUCCGAUCCCAGUGCAUGAAAUGCGGAACGAAGCCACACGAUCUGUUAAUGAGAAAUAGCACAGUAGUGGUUAGUCCACUGAUAAAUAUGUCUAUCUUUCUGUAGAUGCUAAGCAUUUUUCUGUGAUUUUACAGGGGAUUGGGUUUGUUGGAAUUCUAUUUUAUUUUCCCAACUUUUAUUUGCCUGUUUUUACCCUGUCGUUCAAGCGUAUAAGUAAACAUGGUUGAGAAAUCAUUCUGUUGACCUAACCUUGAAGGGUUGAGCCCACCAGUAACUCAGCUUCUAGGUAACACUCCUAAAAGAUCAACCCCAUAAGUCUUUCAUUUUUCAAUGGGAAUUUGCAAUCAUAUGUGCAGUUUUUGGGUUAUAACCAUUUGACACCUCUAAAAAAAGACCAUGUCUUCUAGAAUAAAGUUACUAACAUUUCAUUUAAAGAAGUCCAUGAUUGCAAUCCAAACCCUUGUGCAUACUAGCAUGUCUCUUUAUUUUAUCACCACCCCAAGGAAUGGGUCUUUGCUUUCUACUUUUGGAGAAAGAUGUUUGUUGGUAAAUAGCAGUGGUGGCUGUUAAGAGAGCCCCGCUUCACCUAAAUAGUACAGAACCCUUUGAACUGCAGCAUAUCUGUGGAAUAAAUGCAUUCCUGCUUGUUAAAUAGUUAAUGGUUUUUGUUAAAAUAUCUGGAGGUAAAAAGAAUAAAUAGGUGUUGGUGGGGUAUUCGCCACUGACAUAAACUAAAGUCAGGGGUUUGUCCAUAUGUCAGAUAAAUGUGGUAUAUUGAAAACGUUAGUGCACCAGUGUUCACAAGUAUCUAGUAUAGAAGGCUAUAUAUUUGGCUUGUUGGCUCUUUGAACGGGCUUUAUUUAAGGUGGUAUUUAUAAAAGUAGUUACCAGAAGCCUUCCAAACAGCAAACCAUGGCUUUGUAUUCAUGAUCAGUUUAAUGAGCUAGGUCUAAGAUUAGCUUUUGUAUUUUUGUUUUUAAAGUCCACUUGAUUUUCUAAUAAGAUGUCAGAUUUCAUUUAGGUAUGUAUGGAAUAUACUGUAAUACCUUACAAGAUGUGGAAGAUUUAUGUAAUGCAUCUAUUUUUAGUUGCACUUGAUUUAUAUAUGUGGUAUUGAUGAUUUAGACUUGAGUUGGAUCUUCGCUGAAAAAUAAUAAUUUUGAUUUAAAGAAAAGUAACUUUGCAUAGGCAAUGGUCAUAACCUUGUAUAUAAUUUGCAUAAAACAUAGUCUUCAAAUCAGUUUUAAUCCUGGUAUAAUCUGGGAGUAGUUGCAAGGAUUGCAGUGUCACAAGAACGAUCCUCAAAUUAGUUAAACUGAAUUACCUGGAUUUGGGGUGUCCUUAUUCCACAUGGUUUUUUUCUAUUCCCUUUUUUAAAAAAACCACCACCACCACAAUAUGUUUACUUUUGUUAAAAGAUUCCCCCUUGUUUCAGAUUCAGUGAACUUGGACAGUUCCUAUCCUAUAAACUGGUUUUAGCUGAAAUAAUGUAAAUGGUGCCUUAGGCCACUGCAGCUAAAGCCAGAUCUAAUCCGGCCAUGCAGUCCUCCACCUGCCUCUGGAGCAGGGGUGUGCUGGUUUUCAGUGAAUGGAGUGGUUCAAGGAACUCAUAGAACAGCGCCACAAAGAAUGUAUAGAAUGGCCUGCAAGGGCAAAGGUCUAACACUGUUGCUAAAUCUAAUUUUUGCCAGUUUGAUUCAAAAUAACCAUGAAGAAAAAGAGUACCAGUUUUUUAAAAAAGUGUUGUCUUCCUUGGAAAAAAGGCUGUCACUCUGCCUUCAACAUAGAAUACUGUUUUAACCAGCCUUGUAAAUAAGCUUACAAAGUAUUUAACUAGCCUGCUAAAAGAUAAAGGUAAAGGUACCCCUGACCGUUAGGUCCAGUCGUGAACGACUCUGGGUUUGCGGCGCUCAUCUCACUCUAUAGGCCGAGGGAGCUGGCGUUUGUCCGCAGACAGCUUCCAGGUCAUGUGGCCAGCAUGACUAAGCCGCUUCUGGCAAACCAGAGCAGCGCAUGGAAACACUGUUUACCUUCCUGCCAUUGUUAUUUAGUCGUUUAGUCGUGUCCGACUCUUUGUGACCCCAUGGACCAUAGCACGCCAGGCACUCCUGUCUUGCACUGCCUCCCGCAGUUUGGUCAAACUCAUGUUCGUAGCUUCAAGAACACUGUCCAACUAUCUCGUCCUCUGUCGUCCCCUUCUCCUAGUGCCCUCAAUCUUUCCCAAUAUCAGGGUCUUUUCCAGGGAGUCUUCUCUUCUCAUGAGGUGGCCAAAAUAUUGGAGCCUCAGCUUCAGGAUCUGUCCUUCCAGUGAGCACUCAGGGCUGAUUUCCUUCAGAAUGGAUAGGUUUGAUCUUCUUGCAGUCCAUGGGACUCUCAAGAGUCUCCUCCAGCACCAUAAGUCAAAAGCAUCAAUUUUUCGGCAAUCAGCCUUCUUUAUGGUCCAGCUCUCACUUCCAUACAUCACUACUGGGAAAACCAUAGCUUUAACUAUACGGACCUUUGUAGGCAAGGUAAUGUCUCUGCUUUUUAAGAUGCUGUCUAGGUUUGUCAUUGCUUUUCUCCCAAGAAGCAGGCGUCUUUUAAUUUCAUGACUGCUGUCGCCAUCUGCAGUGAUCAAGGAGCCCAAGAAGGUAAAAUCUCUCACUGCCUCCAUUUCUUCCCCUUCUAUUUGCCAGGAGGUGAUCGGACCAGUGGCCAUGAUCUUGGUUUUUUUGAUGUUGAGCUUCAGACCAUAUUUUGCGCUCUCCUCUUUCACCCUCAUUAAAAGGUUCUUUAAUUCCUCCUCGCUUUCUGCCAUCAAGGUUGUGUCAUCUGCAUACCUGAGGUUGUUGAUAUUUCUUCUGGCAAUCUUAAUUCCGGUUUGGGAUUCAUCUAGUCCAGCCUUUCUUCCUGCCAUAGCGGUACCUAUUUAUCUACUUGCACUUCGUGCUUUCAAACUGCUAGGUUGGCAGGAGCAGGGACUGAGCAACGGGAGCUCACUCCGUUGCAGGGAUUUGAACCGCCGACCUUUCGAUCAGCAAGCCCAAGGCUCAGUGGUUUAGACCACAACGCCAGGGGUGAUGAGCUCUGUCCCUCCUCCAGCAGCCCAUUGCAUGUCUGUGUUGGGCCAUCUUGCUGGGCACAGAGUAGUCCACUCACUUGUUAGCAUAGAUUUCCAUGCACUCAGCCACACAGAAUUCCUUGUCACCUAUGGCUACCAGGCUAGUGCUUUAAAUACAAGGCUGGCACACAGUGAUUUCUUCCAUUUUGGGCUGAAGAGAGUAUUAACCUUGCAGUGCAUAUGUACGUUAGUGUAACAGUAGGCCUAUAUGGAACAGCUAGUGAUUGGUACAAAUGAAAAAAAAAUGUACAAGGCAGAUAUUAUACAACAAUAUUAUCAGUGUUACAUAAUUUAUAUCAUACGUUGUGAUAUAAAUGACAAAGUGUCAACUUUUUACAUAAUCUUCCCGAUAAAGCUCCUUUGUUCUUUGGUUUGAAAAAGUGGUUGUGUUGUAUACUAGGAAGAAACAUCACAAAGUAAACUCUGUGGCCUGGAUGCAAAGAACUACACUACUAGUUUCAUAUGCGAAAGGGAGCGUGUUUCUUGAAAAGAAGUCAUCUGUUUUACCAAAAAGGGGACUUUCAAAAGCCAUAGAGUAUGGCAAGUUUGUUCUUCAAAGUAAACGAAACCACACCUGCGGUAGCUCUUUGAAUCCUGACCAACUUUUAUGUUUCUAACUGAUUAUUCUUAAAUAUUAUGUAUUAGUUCAGUGGGUUUUUUGGGGGGGGGAGGGACAUUAUGAAUUACCUAUGCGAUAGUGAUGGUCAGGGGCCUUUACCUUUUAUGCGAUAGUGAGUUCCACUCAAAGCCUAAAGAAACACCAGUGUCACUUCUGUACCUUUGAAAUGUCCUACACACACACACACACACACAAACACUGUAAGUAUUGGACACUAGAUUCAACAUUUCAUGAACCACACUACAAAUUGAUUAUGCACCGUUAAGGUUUCUGUAGAAUUCCUCCACCUCCUGCAAUGAAUAUUAGGGCUGCAGUGCACGAAUCUACACUUCCAGUCACUGAAAGCUGGUUUGCUUCAGUGUUGCUUCUGGUAGUGUGUAGAUUUAAAAAUUAAUCCACCAGGAUCUUACUUGGUCCUACCUCUUAGCAAGGCACGAUCACACAUUAAAUAGGACAGCCAUCUGUAAGGGGAAAACAGGUUUACGUGUACAGAACUAUCCUAUCAUGAGUAAAAAAUACUGGGUUAUUUUGUGGGGGGAGGGCAGUGGGGGGGGGUAAGGUCCCAACAGCUAGUCCCCGUCUUUUUGUGCUGUGUGUGUUAGUAGAUUAUCACUACUGUCAGCUUUGAGAGUAUCAAUGGUUUGUUAGGCAGCGCCCACCCAGGGAAGUGUCUCUUCCCACCCACCUUCCAAUGCUGUCAGAGCUGGGAGUGAUGACCGACUCUCGGGAGAGCUCCACAAGCACAGAUUGGAUGUGUGGCCAUCUGCUUGGUGGCUGGUUAUUUGUACUGAGGCCGACGAUGUGAAUAGUUCAGCUGGGGAUGUAGAGUAGCAUAUCUCACUAAGGAUGUUGCAUGCUAUGGUUUGGAAUAUGGGUACCCAAAGUAGUCUAGGGCAGUGGGGCUUUGCGACUGCCCUGCUCAGCAGUGGGGUUGCCCGUGGACCUUGUUAUGGCAUAGACAGAAUCAGGCCUGCCUUGGUUUGCCAUUGUGCAUGCUUCAUAUCUUCCAGCUCUUUUCUUGGUACGGCCAGUAUAGUGCAGAAGUUGAGUCUUCAUUCAGGAAAAGAGUUACAUUUCUAAAUAAGCCAUGAAGAAAUUAUCACAAGAUAUUGUUGUGAUAAAUGAAUACAUAAAUGCACCUUGGGAAAUGUGAGUUGUGGGGGGGGGGAGCCACACAAUUGUCCUUUAACCAGGGACAUCUUAAAUUUAUGUGGAAAGGGAACGUCAUAUCAGGAUAUGUUCGUAGUUUUGUAUCCCAAAUGGACUUCUAUAUGUAAAAAAAAGAACACUUGUUUGUCUUUUUAAAAGUAAGAUUCCCAUGCACACAUACCUGGAAGUGUUAGCGUGCUUGGAUUGUACAUUACCCCAGCCAAGGGUGCCAACUUGAAUAAAAUAUUUGGGUGUGGCAGUUAAGCCCCACCCUGCAUAAUCAAUCACAAGACGCGGCACACACACACCAUUUGAAUGGCAAUACCCAUCAGCUUUAGGAGGGCACCCCUUCAAAUAUUUUAUUGGGGGGGGGGGCGAAGGGAUCUCAGCCCCUAGGAGUUGGCUCCUAUGACCCCAGCUGUGUCUAGCACACUCCCAAGACCACCUGGAAGCAUCCUGUUUUAUGUAAUGUUGGUAUAGAAUCAGCACUCAUAGACCAAAAACUGCACAGUUGUUACACCUCAAAAUUUGGGAUUAAAGAUCACAUGGGUUAGAGUUGACUUCAUUGAAAAGUUAUGGCUUAAGACCCAUUGAAAUGUGAGGUGGUACCAAGGGCUUAAAUAUUCCAAAUGAUGAUUUAAGUAAAAUGGCUUGAGCACAUGCAUUGCAAGAAGACGGUUCAGUUGCUGGCACCCCCAAUUUGAAAAAGGGUUUGGUGUAGAAGAGCUGCUCUGCUAUCUCUCUGCCUGAAGCUUUAGAAAGCCACUGCUCUACUGUAUGUCAUACUGAACUCGGGGGACCAACACUUUAAUACAGUGGGUAGCUUCCUGUGUACAAAUGUCACUGCUGUAAAAUUGUACCACUUCUUCCUAGAGAAACUAGCUAAAGGCUAAAACAAGAAUAUAUUCCAACAGCAUCACAACAGCUUCCUGUAAGGGACGGUGUUUAGAUGCCUGUGUUAAACUAGCCACCCAGGAGCAUAUAGAGGAAGUAACAGCUGUAUUUUAAACUUAAUUGGUUUUAGGAGUUAUUGCUUUUGAUACGUGUGUGUGUUUGGAAUACUUUUAGAAUGUGGAAAAUAACGAUCUGCCCUGCACCUUUUGGACAGAGCAGAAUUUUAAAAACAACAAGUAAAUAUUCUUAAUUUCCCUUAAAGACGUUUGUGUGCCACUCCCCUUUCCUGAAUGUUAGUGUUCUGUCUUUUUAUUGAUGCCUCUUUUUUAUGGUACCUACGAAUUGUGGAGAUUUACAAUGUACAAAAUUAAUAAAUAAUUUUGAAUAUAGAAUAUUUGUCAUGAGUCUGUGGAUUGCAUUAUCAGAUCAUUUCAAACAUUUCAUACAUCUGCUUAGCAGCAGCCCUGAAUCUUUUAUGAAGCAAAGAGCAUGGUUCUUAAUGAUGUUUAUUCACAUUGUUGUUGAAUUUAUAUAUGAACAAGACACUUGCACUCCCUCUGCUGGGCAUGAUUUGAGUAAUAAUGUUUGAAUUGGUGUCUUUCAUUCUGAAACUUCCUGAGAGGCCCAUAUGGAAUGAGCCUUACUAAUGCCAGUGAAAUUUUAAAGGGUGAUAAGGAACAUCAACCACAGCUGUGUUUGAAAUAAUUCUUGUAUUUUAGAUACCUUGUAACUAGUUAGCUAUAGAAACCAAAUACUAACAUCUGUUCCAGUUCAACCAGCUAGUAAGAGAGCCUAAUGACUGCUCUUCCUAACUCCCAAAUUAGUAAGUCAGUCAGGGCACCUUCUCACGUCGACUCAGGGACAUGGAUGACCGUUUUUGUGACAAGAUGCCAUGUUGCUGAAGUGCACUCUGUUUAUAUGUGUGUGUAUAGUAACUAUUUUAAACAAAGAUCAUAGAAAUAAUGAUACAAAUGAAUAGUUUUCUCAUGUCAUUUGUAUAUCAACAACAGAAUGCACAUUUAACUAGUAAAGUUUAAAAAGUAUCUUCAAAAGAUAGUAUAAUAUAAAAUGUCCAUUUAAAACAGCACAAUUAGCAAGAGAAUAAAAUAUUAUCGUAAGCAUAGAACGUAUCUGCUGCUGUUUGCUGCCAGUCCUGCCAAUGGUAGUUCUCAGCCAGGCUCCCAAGCCAGGUUGAAAAAAGCCCUGCAAGGCAGGGAACAGGUCUUCCAGGAUUCACAGCCAAAACACACUCUCCUUUUUAUAGCUUUCCUUUAAAGGUAAAGGUAAAGGGACCCCUGACCAUUAGGUCCAGUCGUGACCGACUCUGGGGUUGCGCGCUCAUCUCGCAUUAUUGGCCGAGGGAGCCGGCGUAUAGCUUCCAGGUCAUGUGGCCAGCAU